UUUAUUAAAAUUUCAAUGGCAAGAGGUACUCCAGCAAUCGGUAAGAGACAUCAAAAGACUCAUACUUUUUGUAAAAGAUGUGGCAGAUAGACUUUCCAUAUUUAAAAAAAUAGAUGUGCAUCAUGCGGAUAUCCAGCUGCAAGAUUGAGACUUUACAGCGGAUGGGGAGAGAAAGUCGCUAGAAGAAGAUCAACAGGAACAGGAAGAAUGAGAUAUUUGAAAUCUAUUGCUAGAAGAGCAAAGAAUGGUUUCAGAGCAGGAACAUAGGCUUAACCAAAAGUUAAAAAUACAUAAAAAAAGUGAUUUAAAUCAAAUGCUUAAUAAAUAGUACAUUAAUGUUUAAUAUUUAACAAGAA